AUGUCCACAGUUAAUUACCAGGCAGUGUUAAUCCACUGGGUUGAUGGCGUCGUUGGUUAUCGGGUCUCACAUUACACUCUUACCAAUGACACAGAAGGUCUUCAGUUCGAAUCCGAAUCGACUCAUCAGCGGAAGAAGUCAGGACCUUCAUUCAAUGACAUUGGCAGGUUGAGCGACGAGCAUUCAUCUCCCAUUAGGUUUGUGCCUCCUUUUAUGCAGGGAGGCGUCAUACCGUCUGUUUGGGUUUACAGUUACGAAGAUUUUCCCAUUCACGCUCCAGCCUCCAGAUUUGAGAAACGUUCCUUGGUGCUAUGGCUUCGGGCUGCAUUUCCCCACGUCACUAUCACUAUCAAUAUCUCGGCAGCUGUGAAACGUUACUUAGAUACUGAGUACCAGGCGUCUACAUUCAUCUCCUUUGAUUUCUUGAAAAAGGAUACGCGUUAUUUUAUGGUGCUGACCGAUUCGAAGAGUUUGGAUAAGAGGCUUCAUAGGAGGACUUGGGGGAUCAGAUUUUUAACGCCAAAAGUACAGAAAAUUCUCCAAGACGAUGCCUUCGCCGAUGAACUUCGUUUUACAGAGUAUUUUCUCGAUUACAUUGACGACAUUGUGCGGGUACAACAGUAG